AGCUUCUAUUCCAUCCAUAAUCGUCUGAGCUAUUUGAAUAUAUCUUGUCCUUGUAGUUUGGCGGCAUUUGAGAAUGUCGCGCCUGUUUUUCUAUAAUCAGAUCAAAGAAGUGAUUAAUCGUUUGCCUCCUCAUUAUAAGAAAAGAUAUUUACAGAAUCAGCAUGAGUUGGCCAAUGAAAGAGUGUGCAAUUCAUCACUACUUAAAUACGAAACAGGAAUUGCGCUUCCUAGUUCAUAUUUUGAUACUCCUAUGAAAAUUGUCUAUCCUCCUGAGUCUCAGAAAUGCCUGUGGGGUGGUGAGGGUAUUAUUCAGGGCUACUGGGAGAAAAAAACACCGAGGCCAAGAUUUCCCAAGACAUGGAGUCCUGUUCUCAUGGAAAACGUAUUUCAUAGUGAGAUUUUAGACCGUUGGAUGAUUAUAAUAGUGACGGAUAGCGCCCUAAGACAAAUCGAAAAGGCUAGUGGAUUUGAUUUCUAUAUACUCUCGACUCCAGAAUCAAAACUUAAAAGUAGGCUUGGGAUGCAUUUAAAAAGAGAUAUGUUGGUAACGCUCGCAAAGGCGAAGAUGAAUGGUAAGAUGAAAAAAAGCUGGGAAAAGUACUCUAAAUUUAUUAUACCUUUGGAAGAAGCUGAGUGGAUUGGUUUAACACUCGAAGAAGCUGUUAAAAAACAAAUGAAAAUAGAACAUGAAAUAUCCAGAAGUCAGCUAAAGCCACUAAAAUUCAGUCUAGCAGAAAAAUUGAUUGAUAGUCUAAGAAACCCUGUCAAAGAUGAGAAAGAAGUCUUAAGUCCCAUACUUGGAGCCUGGACGAUAGCCUCAAGCUGAAAACUUUUGAGAUGGUGGAGAAGAUUUGUAGCUCAGGUGGAUGAUUUUGAUGGAGUUUUGUUCUCUGAGCUGGAAAUUCUCUAAAAUCGGUUGUGGGUUCUCACAAUCUCUGUUUUCCAUUGAGUCUUAGUUUUAGCAUCGUCUUUAACUCUUUAUUUCUCAAUCUCAUUUGUUUUUUUAAAACUAUAUUUCUUGUGCUGAGAUUUUUAUUGCAUUUUAUGUUAUUUCCCUUCCUAUUCUAUUCAUCUUGUUAACCUCUGGUCAUCUUGCCGUGGCAACGUGUACUGAUACAAAUCCAUCCUCAGUUGUGUAUUAACUGUAACUGGCUUACUUAUUCUGAUGUGAGACUAGUCAGAGUACGCUAUGCAAUUAUUUUUUUCAUUAUGGUUUCAGAUUAAUUGAAAUGUGCAUAAAGUUUUAUAUUUUUGUGAAUGAUCAGUUUUUACUAUCAAAGUUCAAUUCAUCACUUUAUAAUCUCUCAACUUGGUGAUAUAAGGUAAUUGGAGGCAGCAAUCGGUACUUGUUAAAUGUUCUUUUACUAUCAUUCAAUUCAUUCAUUAUUAUCGUAUCAUUCUACUUGGUGAUACCAAUUCAUUAAUUUGUUGCUAUUUUUCCUUAUAUUUAGUCUGUAGCAUCUUUCUAACCAGUAACAUAUUUACUAUCAGAAUUCUAUGAAUCGAAGUAGUAUAUUGUCAUAAAUAUUACCGUCACAUUACUCUAAUAUUGCAAACACCUAUCACCAAAAUCUUUCGAAUAAAUAUUUUAG